UUUUAUUGAGGGGUGCAAAGAUAACAUUUUUCAUUUGUUACUGAAACUGUUACUUUUUAAAUUAUUUUUGUCAGAAAUCACAAUAUCUCUGAUAAAUACAUUUGAGUAUCAUAUAGCUUGGUCAAGAAGCUUAUACUGUGUAAAAAUGUUCUUGAAAGGGUUCUUUGCUAAACAUACAGUAACGAACACUGAAGAGUCUAGGCUAUAUAAGGUUUAGAUGCAACAGUUUUUUGAGUUAUGCCACUUGUCAGCCUGGGAACUUGUCCAUAUUGUAUUGAUUGAAAUGAGCGCAGGUUUAAGUACCGACUGCUCUCAGCCAAUCGAAAGGGAUCCCGUUAAACGCUCGUGUUCACGCGUCUCCUCUAAUGGACCUGUUAAAGAGCUCAAGCACACCUUCAUCCACUGACAUCUGACCGAAGCGCCUCCGAUCCGACGAGAAGCUGCAUCCACUUUAUGUGCCUGCUUAGUAAGAGAAUACAGAAAUAAGAUAUCAGAAAUACUACUGGAAUCUGCAAAAUGCUUGAAUAUCAGGAGUCCGGAAUGAAAACAACAUCAGGUCAUCGGAUUUCCUUUUCAAUUAUUGACAUAUUGGAUCCCAAAAAGUUCACAAGUAAAAGGACAGCAGAGAAAGAACGGACAUCAUCUUCAGAAAACAUAGAAUUUGGAAGUUUGGAGGAACAGCGGAACGGGAAAGUCAGUCCUGGGCACGGAGAAUCGACAGGAGAUCAAUCAGCUGAUGACCAUCAAAGUUGCGUCAGACUGCAUCCUCCUGAUCCCGAUGUUGACUUGGACUCAUCAACCUCGCUCAGAAGCUUAAGAUCGGGCUUUUCUCCUUGUGAAGAUCCGGAUGAAGCAGCUGAAGAGAGAAUCACUCCAGCGCCGGAUGAUGUGUCGCGUCAGCGGCGGCGUCGGUCAGAUCACAGCUGCGCGAAGCCGCGGCGUGCCAGAACCGCGUUCACCUACGAACAGCUGGUGGCCCUGGAGAACAAAUUCCGCGCCACACGUUAUUUAUCCGUAUGCGAGCGACUAAAUCUCGCGUUGUCCCUGAGCCUGACUGAAACCCAAGUCAAGAUUUGGUUCCAGAACCGAAGAACCAAGUGGAAAAAGCAGAACCCUGGUGCCGAGAGUUCCCUGCAACCCGGCACGAACUCUCUGCCCAACAUCAGCUCGACCUGUGGGUCCACAUCUGCCCUCCACCCGACAUUUAGCACCGGGAACGUGAUCUUUCAUUCCAGCCCGGUGCACCUGGCAUCUUCCGGUGGGCUCUUGCAUCCGUUUUUGCCUGAUGGCUUUCUUCAGCCAGCAUUCUUCCCUCCACACUUAUGAAGUCUGAAAGAAGGAAUAGACUAUGUGUAAAUGUGAAUUCAUAAAGUGGAUUACUUGUUCAAUGAUCCUCAGCAGGAUGGGACUGUUCUUGGCUUGAUGUAGCCUAAUAAUUGAUUAGGCCUCAAAUUAAUUUAGAUAUCACUUUUUCACUGACAGCUGUGAGCAGAAACAUAGUUAAGAUGGACCAAAUCUUUGGUCUCAAGAAUGAUAAAUCCGAAAGAUAUCUUCUCACAAAUGCAAUUGUAUAUAUGUGUAUCUUCCUUUUGUAUAUAUUGUUGGUGUCAGAAGUUUGAUAUUACUGUGGAUUAAUAGCAUAAAAUUCUUUAAAGAUCUUGAAAUUAAAGACAUUGAUGUUCAUUACAAUGUAGAAACAUGUUAAUGAGGUCAUCAAUAACAAUAAAAUCUGAAUGUUAUUCUUUUUUUUUUUUUUUUUUUUUUGUAUCAUUCAGAUAUAGGCAAAGAUGUAUUAACCACUCUGAAUAUCUGUAAUAGUAGAUUUAUUUAUUUUGUCUACACAAUACAUAAUACCCAGAUAGGUUACAUUGUCUAUUGUCUUCAUAAACACUAGAUGGCGUCACCUGAAAACUUAAAAAAGAGAUUGAGUCUUCAUUAUUUGAGACAUUUAUGAAAUUGUUUGCAUAAAUGAUGGUGCA